CAACGUCGCAUUUCUAGCUGCGAAUUCGUCAACAUAUAGUCCACGUACCCCAUCGGAUUAUCUUGUGCCCAACCACCAGCGGACCCAGCUAAUCAAGCCGCCAGUGCAUAUUUAGGGUGAGCAGAGCGGCGUGUCUUGUGAUCCUCACACAGAGGCCAGCUCCAGCCUCCAGCUCGAUCGACCGCCAUGACGAACGGGUACCUGUUCCGGGAGUACCUCGGCGCGCAGUCCACGGGCGUCCGGUUCUCCGACGUGCCCGUCAACCCCGGCGUCAGCUUCCACUAUAUCCUCGCCUUCGCCAUCGACUACACGCCGGUGGCCCAGCAGCCCACGCCGGCGCCGACCAACGGCGUUUUCAGCGCGUUCUGGGACACGGCGAACCUCUCCCGCGCCGACGUGGCCGCCAUCAAGGCCGCGCACCCGAACGUGAGCGUCAUGGCCGGCCUCGGCGGCGACAGCGUGCUGGACAUCGUCAAGGUCUCCUUCGCGCCCACCUCCGUGGACUCGUGGGUGGCCAACGCCGUGGCGUCGCUCUCGCGCCUCAUCAACGAGUACGGCCUCGACGGGGUGGACGUCGACUACGAGCGCUUCGCCGCCGGCGUCUCCGUCGACACCUUCGUGGAGUGCGUCGGCCGGCUGCUCACCCGGCUCAAGGCCGCCUUCCCCAACAUCACCACCUCCAUCGCGCCCUUCGAGGACGACACCGUGCAGAGGUACUACCGGGCGUUGUGGAGCAAGUACUCCCGGGUCAUCGACUACGUCAACUUCCAGUUCUACGGCUACGGCGCCAACACCGACGUCCCGACCUACGUCAUGUUCUACGACCGCCAGACGGGCUUCUACCCCGGCGCCAAGGUGCUCGCCAGCCUGCAGACCGGCAAGACCACCGAGGAGCUCGGCCUGCUCUCGCCGGACCAGGGCAUCGCCGCCGCCAAGGAGCUGCUGCGGCAGAACAAGCUGCCGGGCUUCUUCAUCUGGUCCGCGGACAGCUCCAAGCAGAGCACCUACAAGUUUACCUAUGAGACCAGGGCGCAGGAGAUCGUCGCCAACCAUUGAUCUCCGAACGGACGGUAUACACCGGUAUACACCGUACUACUACUAUCAAUAAGAGUUAUUAGGCUUGCCAAGAGCCGUAGAAUAAGUGCGCGCGUGCAAUCUUUAAAUCAUUCAUACUUGUUUGCAAAACUACUGUAUGAGAGUGGUGUGACGACCGUAAGAAUAAAGUGGAUGGUUCUGGAA